AAUAAUUAAGCACUAAUAUUCAGUCAUAGUUUUGUUUUAACAGUGUCAAGUUGUAAAUCUCUGUUUAACUUUAUCAGUAUUAAUAUGGCAGGGCCAAUAAGUGAAAUGAACCGUUUGUAUAAAUAUGUUGCACCUUCAUCACCAUCCGAACUCAUCGAUUGUAGUAAUUUCACAAUUGACUUUGAAAAUCGCAAGUUUUUAAACAUCGGAUUCGAUCCAAAAGAUAAAUUUAAUAUUGUACUGCGAAUAAUUACACCGUCACGGUAUGUAAAUAUUUCUCCAGACUUCUUGAAGCGUAUUUAUUCAUUCAUGGGUAAUAUUUUAUCCCACAUUCUCGAUCCUGCUGUGAAAUAUAAAAAAUUCACUUUUUUGGAAUGUGAAUCGGUUUUGAUCACAAGUAUGGUAUAUAGGGGAGAGCAUGUAUUAGUCGUAGAGUCUAAAGAAACAAGCGGAUGUAGAAUUUUAUUGAAUAGAAGAGAUCUUAUGACAAUUCAAGAUUUAGAGUGGAUGAUUUUUGAAACCGUAUCAAGAAAAAUCAAUAUCGUAAGACCUAAUAUUUUAAAUCAACUCGAACAAAUAUCCGAAUACUUUAAAACAGAUUUUAAUAUUGAUAAAUCCGCUACACUCGAUGAAGUUAUAUCAAUAAUCAGAGGAAUUCAUAUUGAAUUAAUCGCGAAACAUAUACAAAAGAACAAACAGAGUUUUUUAACCCAAAUAAUAUUAUUCGCAACUGAACAGCUUGCAAUCCAUUGGAUGACAAAAUCGAGAAAUUCGUUAAAAACAGUUGAUGCACCGGCAGAAUUUAUUUCACCAACCAAGAGAAAUGAGAUGCACGAUGCUGAGGAAUUAAAGUUUUAUUCUGAAACCUUUGAUGUGGAAAUGCUACAACCUUCACCACCAAGAUACUCAAGUAUGUCUCCGUUGAUGAAAUAUAAUGAAGACGAUCCUUCACAGUCACGAGGUGCUGACGAGGAAAGGGGAUUCAGAGAAUAUUUAGUAACAAAUUCGAUGAAUCCAUUAGAGGCAGCAUGGGCUCCGAUUCGGAAAACUAUACCAAGGACGAUACACGCUGUCGAUGAAAAUGAUGGUCCUACGUAUUUUAACAGACCAUAAUCCCCCACCAUCUCUUUCCGACUUCAUAGAUGGCAAGUCAGCAGAACAAUCUACUCACUCCAAUACAAAAGUCUUUUUAUAAUUAUUAAUAAAAUCUUGUUAAUGAUAAUAAUAAUAAUAAAUAUUUCUUAUAUCAUAAUAUUUGUUAUUCAAUACGUUAUCAAUACCCA